AUGAAAGGACUGUACUACGGGACGAGAGAGAGUGUAGGGUUGGCUGAAGAGAUGGUGAAGAGGAAGUUGGUGGGAAGAAGUGAGCUAAGAUUUUUUUAUGGGUAUUGUGGUUGGGAAAAAGAACAGUUGAAAGCAGAGAUUUUGAGAGGGCAUUGGACAGUAGCUGCUUGUAGCUCAAGUGUUGUUGAGCUUGGUUCGGGUGACCAAAGUCAUGGUCUCUGGGAUGAGGUUCUUGGUCUUAUUGGCCCUCAAACUGGUUAUGUUAUCUAA